CAAAAAAUAAGGUAGAAGAGGUUAUAAAAAGUACUGGGAAUAUGUCCAUAAAUCAGUAUAAAAUUAUUAAAAAUGUUACUGCGGAUGAUGACAGGCUUUGCAAAUUAUAUAUCCACUUUAUUUAAAAAUGUAAAAUUCGAGGCUAUUUCCAAAUUGUGUACUUAAAAUGGUUGUGAUAUUUCGACUUAAGAGAAGAUUUUUUUUCUACAAUUCUCUUGUUGCAUUGAGUAUUGUUGUGAUAUUGUUAUUUGUAUAUUCCGGAUUUUUUGAGAUUUCAUUCUAUAUAAUAAACAAGUCUAACUUUCACUGCCCUUCAGAAGAACCAAUAGAUAUCGUCUAUACUUGGGUAAAUGGUUCUGACCCUGAGUUUAUAAAAAAUUUGAACAAGUUCGUAAAUGGGAAAAAUGAAAGCUUUGAUAUAUCGAAACAGCGGUUUGACGAUAAAUACGAAUUGAAAUUUUCUUUAAGGUCUUUAGAAAAAUACGCGCCCUGGGUGAACCAUGUUUAUAUAGUAACUAACGGUCAAAUACCAUACUGGUUGAAUCUGGAUUAUGAGAAAGUAACCGUAAUUACGCACGAUGAAAUAUUUAGGAAAAAAAUCGGUUUACCUACGUUUUCUAGUCCUGCUAUUGAAAGUAACUUGCACAGAAUUCCAGGUUUGUCCAAGAAAUUCAUUUAUUUCAACGAUGAUAUAUUUUUGGGCCAGCCCACUUAUGCCGAGGACUUUUUCUCGCCGAAUAAAGGUUUCCUCAUAUAUUUGGCAUGGCCCGUACCCCAGUGUUCACCGAAUUGUCCAUGGAUGUACGUAGCUGAUGGCCAAUGUGACAAAGACUGUUUUCGACCCGAAUGCCAAAUGGACGGAGGUGAUUGUGAAAAUUCAGAGGAUAAGACAACGUUGGAAGUAACGACCGAGGAACUUGAUAACAUCAUCGAAGAUUACGACGCAAAGGACCGAGUUCUGGCGGACACCGUACAAAGAGUUAGGGCGAAUUUCUACAGGUCUUUUAUGAAGAAGUUAAUGCCUUUCAGGGUUACAGCUAAGAACUUAAAGCAAGCCGCUUCGGAAAUUACAUCACCUAACAGUAAGAGAAGUAACUAUUUAUUGAACGUUUUUAGUCUGAACGAUAUGAGGAACCUGUCGAAUUUUGUGAAUCAACACAACAAGUUGACAAUAAAGAACGAUAAGAUGAGGAGGAAGAGACGGAGGCGCAGAAGUUUUUAUAAAAUAGGCAAUGGGACUCUUCUAGAAAAACUGCUGCCAAAGAUCAACAUCGACGCUUAUAGCGCUUCUUUGCAGCACACAAACAGGCUGCUCAAUAGAAAAUAUGGGUUUAAAAGCCGCCGGGUUCCUUCUCACGCUCCUAUCCUAAUCGACAGGGACAUAAUGGAAGAAUUACGUUCAACUUUCGAGAGGGAGUUUGCCGUUACAGAAAGAAACAGAGUACGAAGAGGAGAUGACAUUCAGUUCUCCUUCAGUUAUUACUACUUCCUCAUAUCCGAAACCGUAAAACGGGGUAUCGAGGAUAUUUUCGAUGAAUUUGACACGGAUUGCUCAAGUACUUGGUCAGACCGUGAGAUCAGAACGUUGCUAACACAACUGUACGAGUUGCCCUUGAGCUAUGCCACCGUGGAUCAUUUUGAAUCAUCGUUACUCAACUGUACAGAAAACGGUAACUUUCCAGAAGGCGUAACGCCGCCUUACGAACGAUACGUCGACUCUAAACUGCCUACGAUAGCAAAAAAUCUAGUCAUACAUUGCCCUUCACUUGUCAGUAUUCUAAAGCAACGGUUUGGUACGACACCGAAAUAUGCUUACGAAAUCGUUCCCAAUGCCGAGAGUAAGUACGUCACAUUCAAAAUGCUCAAUUCCAACAUCAGCGAUGUCAUUGGUAAUCUGGACGACAUACGAAACGACAGGAGGAAGUUCAUUUGUUUGAACGAUAAUCUAGACGAGGCCAAAGCUAGCGAAAACGAGUUAGUCAGAGCUAUACUGUACGAUUUCUACGUGUCUUUCUUUCCACAUCCCAGCAAGUUCGAAUUGCCCGAGGAAUAUCGAAAUAAAUUCGGUUACAUACAGGAGCUAAAUCAGUGGAAAGGAUACCACUUCAAGAUAAAAUUGUUUGUGUAUUGUUUGGUGUUGUCCUUGUUGUGUUUUACAUUUUAUAGUAUAUGUAAGAAGAAGUGUUGCCAAAUCGUCAAUAAACUAUUUUUUUGUUGAAA